AUGGAGAGAGUUGCGUCAAGCUGCGCCAGCCUCAUAGCACAAAGGAGGGGUUACUCCGUGGCCGCGGCCGUGGUGAAGGGGACCAGCGGGCGGAAGGCCGUGGAGAAGGUGGUCAAGCGCAUGAUGCUGGGCAAAGAGGUGAACACCGCGGCUGCGGCCUCGGUGUCAGCGGAGAAGACCCCGUGGGUGCCAGACCCCGUCACCGGCUACUACCGCCCGGCGGGUGGCGUCAAGGAGGUGGACGCGGCGGAGCUUCGUGCUAGGCUGCUCACGCACAGGGUCGCCAACUAA